AUGUUGAUUGAGGAAAAAGUGGGAAAUAAGACCUCCGUGACUGAGUUUGUCAUACUUGGCUUCUCUAACCACACAGACGGGAAUAUAAUUCUGAUUGUGGUGUUUCUAUGCAUAUACAUCAUCACAAUGCUGGGCAACAUCCUCAUAAUUAUUGCCAUAAGUGUUGAUCCAGCCCUUCAUACCCCCAUGUAUUUCUUUCUCAGGAACUUGUCCUUCCUGGAGAUCUGCUACACCUCGGUCAACCUCCUCUCAGAAGACAAAACCAUCUCCUUUGCUGGUUGUGCUGUACAAAUGUAUUUCUUUCUAUUCUUUGGUGGAACAGAGUGCUUCCUCCUAGCUGCUAUGGCCUAUGACCGCUACUGUGCCAUAUGCAACCCACUGCGCUACACAGCCAUCAUGAAUAAGAGGGUUUGCAUCCAGCUGUCUAGUGGCUCAUGGAUCUGUGGCAUGCUGGUGGCCCUGGAGCACACAAUCUUUAUUUUCACACUUCCUUUUUGUGGACCCAAUGUUAUCAACCACUUCUUGUGUGAGAUCCAGCCGCUGCUGAAGCUGGUGUGCGGGGACACCUACUGGAAUGAGAUCCAGAUCAUCGUGGGUGCUGCUAUCAUCCUCAUUCUGCCAUUGUUGCUGAUCCUGGUCUCCUACACCUUUGUCAUCUCCACCAUCCUUAAAAUUAGCUCUGCCGAAGGCAGGUGCAAAAUAUUUUCCACCUGCUCCUCACACCUCAUUGUGGUGACCUUGUUCUAUGGGAUGGCCCUUAUCAUGUAUGUGCGCCCCAAGUCCAGCUUUUCUCCAGAUGUGAAAAAGUUACUCUCUCUGUUCUACUCAGUGGUGACUCCGAUCUUGAACCCCAUUAUCUACAGCCUCAGGAACAAGGAGGUGAAAGAUGCCUUGAGGAAAACAGGGAUGAAGAUGUUCCAUCCACAAAAAUAGACAUUUUUCCUCCAACUGGAUUAUUCCCUGGGGAACAUCUCUGCUCUCAAGAGACUCUACA